AAUUAUGAGUUAUACUUGAAAGUUUUUUUUAAAUUAGGUUUGUGUAAAAAUGGAUAGAAAGAUCUAUAUUUCUCUGUUUGUCCUUUAUGCAACAUUGCAACUGGCAUCUACUAAUAGUGAUCAUGAGAAGCGCAAUGUUACCAAGAAUGUAUACGAUGUCAAAUGUGGAAAUACAUCAUAUCAACUGGUUCAUAUAAAAAGCACAAGUAAAAGCAAUUUAGAAAAUGAAAUUCAUUAUUUGAUAUCUAUGAUUAAUGUACCUACUAUUGUUGUUAAACAUGUUUUAAAAAAAACAACUGUGACCAUAAAUAAUGACAACAUCUGCAACAGAAGCGGUGAAGCAUUUACUUUUUCAGACAAUAAUAAAGAAUUAUCUGGAGUGAUCAUAACUCGUAUUUUCUCUUAUAAUGAUUCUUCGGAUACAGUAUCUUUAAAGGAUGCUUCUAAAGGUCCAAAUAUAAUUUCACAAUAUAAAUGGUUGUUAUUAAAUAGACCUGACAAUUCUGACAAAUCAGUUAUGACAUUAUUUGAAGGUGCCACGCAUAACUCAUCGAGUCGGCUUACUUUAAUGACUAAAACAUAUUGUGAAAGCUACCGUUCUACUGAUCUUCCACAUGACAGUGUCAAUGAAAAUGUUACAGAGUUCAGACUUACUUUAAAUAAUUUGUAUGCUGAAAAAUAUUUGCGAUAUGCUGUUGAGGUUACUUUUUUUAGUACAAAUAAUAGUGAAGAUUCUGGAAAGUACAAAACUUUUAAAUCUAUCGAUGAUGAAUAUACUCCAGGUAUAUUUAAAUAUUGGACAAUUACAUUUCCAAUUAGUACAUUUGCAUCUUGGAAACCCGUUGCUUAUAAUUCUGAAACGUUUUCAAGGCAAACUCAGUCAUUAUUGUACCAAUUUGAUGAUUCUGGCAAGGAACUGUCAAGUAAAGGAAAAUUAAACUCUAAAUCUUAUAUUGACUGGAGUAUUGUUGCUGGGAUACCAAGUGUUAUGUUUUACUCCACAAAUGUUACUUUUGGGGUGUCUAAAGAUGGUUGGUACCAAGGAACAAAUUAUUCAAGUUGGACUGGUAUGGUUGGUGUUGGCGAACCUCCAACAGACAGUGUUUCAACUAAGGUUUACAUAAUAAUAUCCAUUUGUCUUGGUUCACCAAUUGUUCUUAUGCUUGUUGGAAUAUUCACAUUACUAAUAAGGCAAGUUAAAUUCGGCCGCAAUAAUUACAAGGCUAUUAACUGAAACGCUAUCAAAUUUUAUAUUUUAGAUUUAUUAAUAAAAAUCACUUUUUGUAUUUCCUUAGUUAUGUAAAGAUUGUUGUAAAUUUAUAUAUGCAUUAGUAUAGCAAAAUUUUGUAAAACGAUCCAGUAUUCAAAUUAUGUCAAUGAAAAUAGAGGUUUAUAAUAUUAAAAA